AUGCACUCACAAGACGUUAACAUUUAUGAAGGAAAAUAUAAAAAAAAAACGGAAGAAUUGAUCAAUGAAGCUAGGAAAUAUAUCGAUAAGCUGUUUGGGAAUUAUGACAUUUUGGACAAAAAGGAAUGGGAGUCCAUAUCCAAAUUGGAUUUAUUCUUAGACAUAAAUGGAGAACAGGAUGUGUUGUUGAUCAAUGGAAGGGAUAUAUUUUUUCACGUGAUGGAUGUGAAUUUCUCCAAGAAAGUCCCUCUGAAUACGCAGGAAGUGUUGGAAAAUAUAACUCAAUUGUUUAAACAUAACAAGAAUAUAUAUGAUGAGUAUGAAAAAAAAGUUUAUAAGAUUGAAAAGGAUAUAAAAACAUAUUUAGGAACUGGAGGGAAUAGGUUUCCAUUGAAUUAUACACAGUGGAAUAAUAGCUAUAUCAAUAUAACCCAUAAUGUGGCAAUGAGAGCUUUUAUGGAUGAUUUUUACAACUAUUUUGGCCGCCUAGAAAGGAAGAUACUGUAUAACCCUAAGAAAUUAACAAGGAUAGACAUAUCCUUCUUGGAUGGGACGCUAGAAGCGAUUAAUAGUAUUAUAAAAACUACCAUUGAACAUAAAACGGAGAAAUUAUUUGGUCUGUUAAACAAUAUAUUUGAGGGAGAUUUAAGGUCCAUUUUGGAACGUAAAAAAAAUGAAGUGGUUUUAAAAACCAUUGAGAAAGAAAAGACAGGAGAUGUGUACGAGAAUAAUUUUAUAUUCGAAGUCGAAUCGUUAUAUGUGGAAGAAAAAAAAGACAUACAAAAUGCCUUGUCCAAAUUCAGCCAUUUUAUGAAAGUCAAUUUCGGAUUCGAUAUCGACAACGGAAGUGUUCACUUUCUCAAAAGUAAAAUAGAAGGCGUGGAGGUGGAGCGGAAGGAGCAGCAAAUCAUGAAGCUUUUCAAAACUAUCGUGCACGAAUUAUUGUGUAGAAAAGAAGUUAUCGAAUUUUUCACCCUUGUCAAUUCGUUGAAGAAAAACUCCAAAACGGUCAUCUCCUUUUUUAGGAAAGUUUGGGGAUGUAUGGCCACCAAAAAUGACACUUGCAUAUUUAUCGAAACGAGGAGGUUGAUUCCUCUGGUGUCCAAAUAUGCAGAAAUUAGAGGAAAAAAUAAUUGCGAUAUUAAACAAUAUGACAAGGAAGAAAAUAUCAUACAGCUAAUGAACGAUAUAAAAAACGCGUUCUACAGAUAUAGGAUUGCCAUUAAAAUAUUGUUCCUGCUGAUUGAGGACCUCAAGUUAUGUAAGCAGCUUAACAGCGACUAUGAAAGGCUGGUCAGGGAGAAGAAAAAAGCGCAGAAGAGAAAUUCUGGCAGCACGGCGAAGGACAAGGAGAAAAUGGAGAAAAUUUACAAAAAGGUCCUCCAGGAAUGGACCACCAAAUUGGAUGCCAAGAAGAACGCCAUAGACUCCAACGCAAACGCCAUCAUAUUCUACCUCUGCUUAAUUAAAGAGUUCAAACUUAGUUAG